AUGGCUGCCAUGACAAUCCUGCUGGUUUUCUUCCCCCAAAUUACAUACGCCAUGGAACAAAGUGCUCUUUAUCGAAAUCCAGCAAGUGACUUUUCUGUUGCCGAUUUUAAGCCUAAUCCUUUCCACUACUUAUGGAGGAAGAAAGUAACAUCGUCCAUGGUGGAAGAUCAGCUUGAUUGCACUUUCCUUUGUGUUGCUGAACCAAAGUGUUAUUCGUUCAACAUGGCGGCGUAUCCUGACUCGAAAGGUCUUUAUCUGUGUGAGUUGUUGGCCACUGACAAGUACAGAGAAACUAAAAAGUUUCAUGCGAAUGCUACCUUCCAUCAUUACAGUCCAUGGUCUCCUUGUGAUACCGAUCCUUGUAAGAACGGUGCUGACUGUGUUCCUGAAUAUGAUUUGAAUUCCUAUCGCUGUCACUGUAAAAUAGGAUAUCAUGGAAUUCACUGUGAGCAAAAAGGUUUACGUUUAGAAAAUAAAUGGUUUUGUUUCUUGCUCCCCAAAGUUUGUAAAUUUGACUUCGAAAAUGGAAUUGACGGUUGGACACGGACCGGUACUGCGUUUAACAAUCAACCAACCUAUGGCGAUAACCCAACAGCUCGAAACAAAGGGGAGCCUGCCAAUCAACAGGGGGACUGGUGGAUUGGCGGAUUUGAAGAUCGACCGUCAGAAGCCACACCGGCAGGACAAACACAAGGAGACAAUCCCCAGGGAACUCUCACUUCCCCGCACUUCAACAUCACGGGUGAAACAAUCUCGUUCCUGAUUGGCGGAGGAUGCGACAUAAACACGAUUCGCGCAGAGUUGCUAAUGGAAAGUCAGGUUAUCAGACGGACUACUGGUAAAUGCAAAGAGACCAUGGCGCGAGAGUCCUGGAAGGUCCAAGAGUUCAUUGGUCAACGCGCGUGCGUUCAACUGGUUGACCAAAGUUCCAAUGGAUGGGGUCACAUUAACUUUGAUGAUCUAAAAGGAGACAUCAUCUGCGAACAAGACUAAUCAGUUUAAAAAAUCGUAAUAUUUUAUUACAAGGCUUUAUUCCUUUCUUUGUAAGUUCAUAUGUAAAAUUAUCCGGUAGUUUUAUCCUACCCGUCAACAGAAAAUAGUAUUAACUGCACGGAUUUUAUUACAGUUCAACCCCAAUCCUUGGGGAAAUGGGUAGUGACCCCCUUACGCUGUUUGAUAGAGGUAGAAACAAUAGAAAGGCCCUCAUCUGGACUUUGAUUUUUGGCCGCCCAAUAGGGGAAGCCGUUUAAUAGGUGACUGCUUAAUCGGGGUUUGACAGUAUACGGCUCGUGUUAGUAGCCGAGUUUAGAUCAUAAUCCUUUGCUGAUAUGAAGCGCUCUCUG